AUGGCUCGCACCGAGCCGAGCGUGGCUCCGGCAAGGCAACCGUCGCAGGUCGCCGCCGACGUCCAGCCGGCGGGGCAUCACCACCGGCAUAGGAUCCUCUCCGCCAGCAGUCCCACUUUCAUGACAAUCCUCAUACCACUCAUAUCGGUGGCUGCUCUUGUCGCCCUCGCUCUCGCCCUCCUGCUGCUCCUCCGCCGGCUGAGGUCCUCGCGGCAGACACACGGCGCCGCCAGCUCCGCCUGCGGCAGCGCCGUCAGCCGCGGCAACGACAUCCACAAGCGACAGCAUUCCGGCCUGGGCGUGGGACACAGCCCCGGUGAGUGUCCGUCUUCUCCACAGCCCCCGUCUCCCCUUCCUCCCACUUCUCUGACGUUCCUCUGCUUCCAUGGAAGAUGUCAAGAGGUCCAUAUACGGCGGGACCAUGGGGUUUCCCUUCCAGCCCAAGUACAGAGGCGGCCAGGUUUUCACCUACCGGGAGCUCGAACUGGCCACGGAGGGGUUCAAGGAACAGAAUGUGAUCGGCAAUGGGGGCUUCGGGGUCGUUUACAGGGGCACACUGCCCGACGGUACUGUGGCUGCGAUCAAGAUGCUGAACAGGCAAGGCAAGCAAGGAGAGAGGGAAUUCAGAGUUGAGGUAGACCCUUAAUCUUGCUCCAUUUCUGUCUUAUAGCUCUUCGAUGCUGAAAGGGGCAUAAUUUCUUCAUCCCGUUAUACCUGCUCUCAAAAACACCAGAAAUCCCAAACACGGUAAAUUUGUCGAUAGUAGAACCGACACUGAUGAAGGCGGGGGCAUUUCUUUCCUGAAGCUAAUUCCAGGAUUUGUGGGGAGAAAUCCGCUUAUGAAGAAAAAAUGGCUCGUCUAACCCAGGAAGAGACGAUUGUGUGUAUCUUUUGUUCUUAGUUAUGAUGUGCUGCUUGCUUAAGAUGGAGGCGAGGUGAUGGCCAUAUACCCCCGCAGCCACAAUCCUUUUGAAUGGUGGCUCCCUGGUUAAGUUGUUCAAGGAACACUGACAUCUCAGAAAACGCAUUCCUUACAGGCCGAAGAACCCAGGAAGUAGUGACAGAAAAGUAUAUGCUUUGCGUAUACAGAUCAGCGGUACCAAAUCUGGACCAGCAUCGGCUGCAACAUCACUGUCAGUUCUAACUUCAUCUUUAGCUUAGAGCCUUUAUUGGUUGUGUCUGCAUCACAGCUUGACUCUACCUGUGCUCAGUCCUUGAGAGCGAAGGAAUAGAAGAUAUGGUUUAGCAUUUGUAACUUUAAUGGCGGCUGCUGCAUCUGUGGCUCAAAUGGGAAUUCAUUGAGAAUGUAUCUAUGAAGCCACUUAUACAUUCGCUAAUGAAUUAUGGGGAAAAUAAUAAAACAGUUUUGAUCACGAGGAUCACUCUGGAAAAAACUAGAGUUUUUCUUACUGGGAGAUAAUGGGCAGGAUUCAGUACCAUGAAUUUCGCUUAUAUGUGAGUGAAAACAUAGAAGGAGACAGGGCACCAUUUUUCCUGUACCGUUGACCGGCUCAUAUUUUUCUAUAUUCGAGGUUAUAGUCAAUAUUUAUGUUACAAAGAAGGUUACAGUCUUGCACACACGGCAUAUGAAAAAAGUAGUAAAGCAUGGUCCAAUAAUUUUAAAGGCACACACUGAGUCAGCACUCGGCAGAAUUGAAAUUUCUGCGGUAAAGUAGACAGAUCUUUGAUGCUGCCCAGCUUCAAUGCACUAUACUAUGUUUCCUCAAUAUACUUAUGUGUUGACAGGACGCCUUAAACACUGGUAACAAUGUUUCUCAUCUCUGAAAAUGAAACUAGAUACUGUUUAUCUCGAAUAAAAGAGAAAUCAUAAGUUAUAAAUCAGGGUGGAUAGUCUAGAAGUAAAUUGCUACGUAUAUGAUUGACGGAUUGGCACAUCGUAUGGUGAAAUCAACUCCAUAUGUCAUGCUAUCCGAGCUGUUAUCCCAUGAGAAGAAAGGAUGCUCAAUUUUUCAGGAAAAAAACAUUCUCUCCACUUGUCUACCAACACUGCGAGUUUACUAAGGUUCAAAUUCUAUUAUUACACGCCAAAGAUUCUUUUAUUUAUUUAUUUUACAAGUAACAUUUAUCAGUAAUUAUCAUAGUCUUGCCACCGUGAGAACAAAGUAGCCCUAUGGUUCAAGAGCAUUCAUGUGGUACAUUUCAAUCUCUCUGUUUUCCAUGUAGAUCCUAAAGAAAAUGCCUGGGCCUUUUGUACUUCCUACCAGUUUUUUCUUUCUUUGGAAGGUGUUAUUUCUGAUGGGCAUCCUGUGGGCAUCUUUGUUGAAGCUUAGUAAUUUAUUUUACCAAUUAAUGGUGAGCAAAUGGUUUACAUUUUCAUUUUCUCUUCAUUGUAGUUGUUGGUAGAAAAGCAGGCAUGGCGUCGAAUUUUCAUGGUCACCUUUACUUCAACAUGGUACUAGAAUAGCAAGUUGUCUAUGGACUUCAUGCACCCUACUCUUAUCUUUCAUAUGGCAGAGCAUGAAAUAGUCAGCCUGUUAGAAGACGUACCAGAAUAGUCUCCCAUUGGUUGAAUAUGUGGGCCUACUCCACUCAAAGCCACUUACUUUAACAACCAUCUGUAGCAUAAAGUUUUGGACAUAAACACAGAGAUGUUUAGUUUCAAAACUUCACCCUGCAUCAUGCAAAAGAAUCCGAGUUUUGCCCUGACACCACUCUUGCAUCAUAGAAUUGGUUAAUAAUCAGCUAACAAGUGAAGCUGUUAUCAUAAGUAAUCUGAUUAUUUCAAUCUAUAUUUUAACGUUCCCAGCACAAAGUCAAACGAUGUCAGCAUGUUGUCGGGGUGAUGGAUGCAGGAUAAUUCGCUCCAGCAAUUCGUCUAAUUAUAUGAGUGUAACAAUGGAUGCAGGUUGAUCUACUGAGCCGGUUGCACUCUCCCCACUUGGUCGGGCUACUGGGCUACUGCGCAGACCAACACCAUCGCCUUCUUGUAUUUGAAUACAUGCCCAACGGUAGCCUACAAUGCCACCUCCACCUUACCACAAGGAACGGCCAAAACAGGGCACUUGAUUGGGGGACUCGGCUGAGGGUUGCUCUGGACUGUGCGCGGGCCCUUGAGUUUCUGCACGAGCACACUGUCCCAGCAGUCAUCCACAGGGAUUUCAAGUGCAGCAACAUUCUGCUGGAUCACAACUACAGGGCGAAGGUGUCAGACUUUGGCAUGGCAAAGAUUGGCUCCGACAAGAUCAAUGGUCAGGUUUUGACUCGAGUGCUGGGGACAACAGGAUAUGUAGCCCCCGAGUAGGUUGCCCCAUUUGUGUGCAUUUAUUUGUCUAUUCAUUCGUUUUCCCGAGCAUUAAAUCACCAAUAUUUGAAGAGAAAAAGCUAUCUCGAACAUACUUUUUUUUUUGUUUUUGUUUUGUUUGUUCUGAUACUAUUGUAGGUAGAAUAAAGGGGCUCACCGGGAUGGGUUUGUUAUGCAGGUAUGCAUUGAGCGGCAAGUUGACAACUAAAUCAGAUGUUUACAGCUUCGGGGUUGUUCUUCUCGAGCUUCUGACAGGGCGGGUGCCUGUUGACGUCAAAAGGCCUCCUGGGGAAGAUGUUCUUGUUCCGUGGGUUCGUAUCAAAAUCCAGUCUUUUCAAGCUCCUGCAGUUAAAUUUCACACAAGCGGACCAUCAGGAAGAUAUUGCAGCUACCCAAAAGAUGAUAAUAACCCACCUGGGGACCCCAGUUGAUUUGGCCUCCUCACACCCAACGACUUUUUAACGAUCGCUGUUCCAUCAGAGUAGCAAGUUCACCUGAUGCAGGUUUUACUUUUCAGUGUAAACAGGCCUCAUAACUUUCCCCCUCUCCUUCCAAUAUGAAACAUCCAACCUUCACCCACACUCUCUGAGCCCUUUAUGUCACCCGUCAUCAAGUUCCUAUAAGUAAACAUUGAUAUUUAGAUACGGCGUCUGCCAUUGAUGUAGGAUGGAAGAAAUGGCUUGGCUCUAAUGUGUUUGAUGGAUCCUUCUUUGACUCCACAGGCCCUUCCAAAGCUAACAAACAGGGAGAAACUCAUGGAGAUGGUGGAUCCGACUCUAGAAGGUCAAUGCUCAAAGAAGGAGAUGAUUCAGGUUAGCUUGUUUCGUUCUCGUCAUCAGAGCGGCUGCCAUAAUCUCUGAAAGCACCCAAGGCAUCAAGAACAUGGAAAACCCCGGCUAAAAAAUCAUGAAAGUAUUCGAUUCAUAUUUCUACAAGAAUCAUCGCCUAAUAAUUCUUUUCUGUUCCUCCCCAUUGCAGAUAGCUGCUAUUGCGGCUGUGUGUGUGCAGUCAGAAGCUGAUUACCGACCUCUCAUGACGGAUGUUGUCCAAUCACUCAUUCCAUUAGUCAGAACCCAGUCUGGGACUUGCCCUACCACGCCUUCCAGAUUUCAGCAUCCAUUGGCUAGCCUGCUGCCAUGA